GCUAGAUCAAGGUCAUGCAGAUAACCAGUGCCACCACCCGCUGCCUUGCCUGCCUGAACAAAGGCACCCCGGAACACGCAAUCACUACGUGCGUACAAAUAGAGACUUAAACCAGCACCCCCUCGUGGCACUAUACGUACCCUCCCACCUGAAGUCAGCCCCCCUCCCUCCCCCUCUGUGAGGAUGGAUGUGUACGACCACCAGCCGACCCCUAUGCGGCCACCACCUUCUGGCGAACGAGCGCAGCCGUCUGAGGGUACCGCUCAUCUGGGCCGCGCUUGCAAGCAAGAGGCGGCUCGGUGGUGGAGAUCUUCAUGCCCGAGUUGACUCGGACAAUAAACUCAUCUCCCGCCUUGUCCCCACAUGGAAGAGCCACUCAGUCGUAAAGCUGUCUCUCUCCCUCCCCCUGUUCGCUACACACCCUCCUGUCCCCUCCCGCCCUCUCGCACAUCUACGCUGGCAGGCAGGGACGUCAUGUGAUGGGCUGAUCGGCCCACUGCCGCACCUCAUCGCGCGACCCGGCGAACACCACCUUGGUCUUGCACUGCUCGCACAGAUACUCCGGCUCGUCCAGCAGCUCCACCAGUGGUAUCUUCUUCUUGCGGCCCUCGUUCUGUCUCUUGAUGCCAUCAUUCUCCUCACGCCGCCGCGCAUUCUCCGCGCGCACCUGCUGGAGGUCCCGCCGCCACUUGCUGCAGCGGUCGUCAUAGCACUGGCGACACAGCCGCAGGUGUCUGCAGGGCAUGUACAUGACCGACGGGGGCGCGUCGAGGCAGAUGGCACACUCAUGCCCAUCUCCCUCUGGCUGGGCCGCUGCCGGGGGCUGCUGCUGCUGGGGAGGCUGCUGUAGCGGGAGAGGGGCACUCGAGCUGCUGGACGAAGACGGCUGGUGCUGCGGGUGGUGCUGCUGGAUGCUCAUCUGGGCAAGCCUGUGUGUGUGCAUCAAUCGCAUCGCAUCAUGCGCCGUGUGUGUGUAAUGGGAUGUGUGUGGGCCCGCGUACCCUCGCUCGGUCUCUGCGAGCCGCCGGGCCAGCUCAUCAUUCUUCCGCUGCAGCUCAGCCUCCCGUGACGACACUCCCACACUGCACACACACACACAAGGACACGGCAAGGCAUCCGAAUCGGAUCCGUCCCAUCCGUACGUCAACGCCCGUGGGUGUAUGGCACCCACCUAUCACCACCACCACCAGCAGCCGAGGCGCCCUGGUCGCCCUCAUGAUCAUGCGAUGGCCUGACCACACACACAUAAAGCCGAUGAAGUGACGAGCCGCCCAUCGCCAGUGUGUGGGUGUGCCUGCCUACCCUAGUGGCUCUUCGUAUGGUGCUGAUGGUGUUGCGAAUGCGGCGGCGGCUACUGGAGCUGCUGGUGCAGCAGUGGGAUGGUCGUAGCUACUGGAGGACGGACAGGCGUCAAAUGCGGACCUGACACAAUGCAGAACAGACAUAUGGCAGUUCGUUGGAGGCUGUCCUGCGUUGGUCGACAGCUCUUGUGGGCAUACCUCGGCCCUUAGGAUGGCGAGGGACCAAGUGACCUGAGAAAAUCCAUGCGCAACAGCAACCCACCAGUGUGCUUGUGAGGUGGCCUCAUGUCGGCCUGUCAGUGCCUUACUUGGGAUAGUUGACGAGUGGCGGAGGGCCCCGGUGACACGACGGACGAUGCCCACUCGACGAGGAGGGAAACGAGCCGUCACUGACACAAAGAGAGACGACAACACACACCAACACCAUUCAUUGUGCCCAACCAUCGAUCCCCUUCUCUGUGUCUGUCUGCCUACAGCUGCUGUGGCUCAUGUGCUAGAGGUGGGAAUGGAUCAUCGGCACCGCUCGCCGGUCUGUGUGCAGGUGGGAGAGGCCGAGGGGGUGGGGGCGGGUGAGAGGGACUCGACGACACAAACGAUCGCCGCUUGCCCGACUCGCACAGCUCCUCAGCCGACGGCAGACAGGGAGGGUGAGGGACCGGCCGAGGCAGCAAGGAUGGUGCAGCAGCCGAGAGGCCCAGCCGCCUGCCUCUGCCCAACUUGCUGCCUGCCGAUGGGCCCGGCAGGCGCUCCUCGCGCGGCGUCUGGUCGGCCGUCGACACACAGCUGGGGUGAGAGAGCAGCAGACGGUCAGCUAAGGGCUGCUCAGUCGCUUUGUGCUUGGGUGUGGGGGGCUGGAAGGGCGAGGAGGGGGAACGAGUCGACGUCUGUCGGCUUGGUUCACCCACGUGAAGAGGCGAUGUAGGUGGGCUGGUUGAUUGUAGGUGAUCGCCUUGGCGAGGUUGUGCAUGUCGUCAUCGGUGAGUAUCGGGGGGUAGACGUCGCUCAGCAGGCCGUACAUGUCGCACUCGAGCAGCAGCUGGUCCAUCUUGUCACUCGUGGUCGUCGGCUGGGCCACUGGGGUGCCCUCAGGCAGGAUGCGGCGGCGACGCGCGUAGUCGACGAUCCUAUGAAUGCAACGCAAGACGGCAGCGAGGGAGGUGUGCGGCAGUACAUGGCUGGUCUGUGCUGUUCGGUUGGAGUGUGUCUUACUCGCUGAAGUGGUCGGCAGAAACACACACAACUGGAGCACUGUACCUGCAGGCCCACGACAACCCACACACACAAUCCAAUCCAUCCAUCCAUCUUUGUUGUGUAUGCAAAAACGGCUGUGCACUUACGAGUCGAAUCGGUUUCGCAGACUGCUGGUGGUCUCCUGAAGAGUCGACUGAGUGGUGCUAAUGACCACAUCGGGCCGCCCGUCGCCCGUCGACACUCGGAUGGAGCGAACGGACUCAUCGCCACUCAGCGGCCGCAGGAAGGGAGCGACCGCCUUAGACACACAACACCAUAGAGAGAAGCAGUCAGUCCAUCGACCCACCGAUCUUUUUCCUUUGCCCUUCCUUCCCCUCCUCCCCUCUCACCUUGAUUUCGCGGAUCAUUUGUGCGUAUCGGGCCUUCUUCGCCGCCCGCUCACUCUCCAGCUCAGCUAACCUCGCAGCGAAGGUCUGAGCGAUCCUUUGCAUGACGCUCAUGAGGCCCUUGAGCUGCUCCGGCAGCUGCACGGCCUCCAGCUGGGGAGGUGCCGGCUCGCCGUAAAAUGCUGCCGCCGUGUGAUGUGAGGGUGGGUCGACGUCUGUGUGGCCGUCAGCCGCCUCGCCGUCUGCUGCUGCAGGGGGUGAGAGCCAGAAGCGAAUCCAGUCGCACACACCACCUGCUCACUCACACACAACACCACAGGAGCAGUGGAUCCACCAAGGUACUGCAGUGAGUGGAUGUGGUGGCUGGCCUCGGCUCACCUGUAAAGAGUCCGGCUUGUGCCUUGCUCUUCAACAGAUCCACUCCCUCCUCCCCCUCCACCCAACGCAUCUCGCUAAGCAUCCUCUCGAAGGCCCGCGGGUCCGCAUCAAUGAAGAAUCGGUUGUCGUCGUCCGUCGGUAAGCGGUGGUCCCACCUGCCUCCGAAUAGCGAUGCCAUCACCGAGCCCGCCGCACGGGUGAGGUGCUUGCGACGGACAGUGAACGGCCGGCCGCCCACGUUGAGGUCCAGCUGGUCGUCGCCAGAGGCGGCCGAGCCGUCAGAUGCACCAUAAAGACUCAGCAGCUCGUGGACGUCGUACGAUGCGUCGAUGCGCUUCUGCUCGGCCUCGAGCUCCUCCAGCGGGCCCACAAUCUGUCUGUCCAAUGCGCACAGGGCUCCGUGGCGCGAGAGGAGGUUGCGAUCAAUGGCACUCGGCAGGUCCAUCGCCCUCAGCAGUGAGGCGUCGGAGGCUGACAGGCAGGGAGAAAGAGCCACGCAGAUGAGAUGAAUCGAUAGACUCCUCCUGCAGCUUCUUACCUGUCCGGACCACCCGCCAAUCGGAGUGAUGAUGUGUCUGCCGGCAGCUGGUGAGGCCGCCAUGGUGAGCCGCUGUCAGCAACUCAUAAAUUGGCGGUUGAGGAAUGCCGCCAAUGGGCGGUUGCUGAAGCCCAGACAUCUCACCCAGACAUCUCACCCAGAC